AUGGAGUAUCUGAGCCGACUCUCCGGCCUGGUGUCGACGCCUUCCAAAGCCGGUGCUGGCAUCAGCGCAACGCCUCGCCUGCGCAAGAAGCCCUCCCUCCAUCCUGUUGGUAGCGUCGACAUCUUCCACGCCGACUGGCUCGCUGUCCAAGGCGAGCUCGAGAAUCCGGACGAAAGGGCCCUCUUCCACGGCGUAGCAAGAUCCGACCUGCCACGGCGCUUGCAACGCAUCAUCGACGCACUCGUCUUCGAAAGCAAUCGCAGCAAUGAUGGCCAUACAGGUCCGUGUAUGGAGUAUCUGCUCAAGUACGAUAUCCUUACCGAGCUGGUACAUCUCUCGGUAGAUGACCGACCCAAGGGAAUCCGCGGAGAGACGAUCCGCGCCCUCAAAGACCUCAUCAUUCUCAUGGAUGAGAAAUUUCUCUCUCGACAAGCAGCCAACAAGCCCGUCUCUCAAUUGAUUCAGCUAUGUCUCGACGAAGACGCCGUCCGCUAUCAGCUGGAUGAUGACUCGUUCGAUAUGAGUGGCUCUAACGCACCUCCGUCUGCCGCCGAGGACAACGACUACGAAGAGGACCUCGUCGAUCUCAUGUGCCACAUAGCAAGCCGCAUUCGCAACACGCCAGACUUACUUCAAAUCUUCUUCACAGACGAGUCUGUCGACGACGCGGACAACACCGAAGAUGCACGCGGUCUCAAAGAUGGCUCCAUCAUCGUCAGUCGCAAGUUGUUCGACAGCCUACUCUCGGAUGAUAGGCGAGGAUGCGAAGCUUCGAAGAUUGCUUUGACAGACCCAGAAGCCGACCCGGCCAUGGAACGGCCGGCAUCUCCAGCAGACUCCGUCGACUCUACCGCGACCAUCCAGCCAGCAACAGCUCAAGCUCCUCGGAAGCAAUCAAAACGACGGCUCAGGUUCCCUUUGUUCUCCUACUUGCUCAAGUUCGUCCACCGCGAAGGUCGAAUCGGUGAGCUUGCCAGAGCUGGCCUUCUCUUCUUGAUUUCGUUAGAAGGUGGGCAUGCUCCGAACAGAAGCACCUCGCCUGGUGCGAAAGGGAGAAAACCAACCAAGCGCGUCUCGUUCGGCACCGAAGACGUUCGUCGCUCGCUGGCCGUCUUCAUCGCCCACUCGGACUUUGCAGAUGUUCUCGGCGCUGGUUUGGGCGCUGCUUAUGGCUUGCUGCCGUCACGCAUUCGACCAGUACCACGCUACGAUCCGACAGAGAUCGAUGGCUCUUCUUCAUCAACAAGCACUCGUGCGACGAUCACAUUAGCGAGCAGCAUGACGUCUGAAGCCAGCAACGGAGCCUCUGAAGCAUUGGCAUCGGCAACGCAAAGCGACGACAGCGAGCUGCAAGCGCAACUGCGCUUGAUGGUCGACCUGAUGGAGUUCUGUCAGGACGUGCUCGACUCGCUCUGGCUUGCCUCUAAACACCUCACUGAAGCUGCCAAUGCGGCCCCAAUAGCAUCUAACGACACAGACGAGAAGGCUGCCAGAAGGGAAUUCUCGCCAUCGCCUGCAGCUUCGCCCGACCUGGACCCGAUGAUCCGCAAGCUUGCCGGCGCCAUCGCUAUCGCCAUUCGUGACACCUUCAUUCGCAACGUGGUCUAUCCUUCGCUGAUGGAAAGCAGCGAUUUCGAUGGCAGUUCUGCUGCCGUGCUCAGCUACCUCGACGUCCUCAUCAUUGUGUUUCGGAGCGGACACAUCCUGACAGACGUGGCUCUGGACUUUCUGCUCCCGGCCCCGCUGGACGAAGCAAAUGGGUGCAGCUACGGACAGUCCAUCGGUGUGCCUGUGGACGACUCGGACCGAUACAGCGUCAAGGAUCUCAUCCUGGACAGCCUGGAAGAUUCGAAGCGCCCGGCGACGCGCGUCGCAGCGUGGAGACUGGCGAGGAGUCUACUCGUGUGCCACGGCCUGCGCGCAUCCGACGGAUUGCUUCGGCUUCCGCCUCGCAAGCCUUUGGCAUCAAGUACCGACGAAUGGAUGCCGAAAAGCCCAGCUGCCGAGAUGGAAAGAGAUGAUCCGGAACACAGCAACAUCGGCAUGCACUUCCGCGAGAUCGACGGGCUUUCUGCCCUGCUCGCUUCAUUCGAAUCCAAGGAGAGCAGCAAAUCCAUGCAAGCCUCGCUGAGCAACUAUCUGCUUGAUGCCGAGCAAGCUUUGCGCCAAGACAGCAUGUUCUCUCUUGCUCUUGAUCUCGGAGGCGGACAGAUUUCUUUGGCCCGCAACGACCCUUUUGUGCAACAGCUCUUCGCUGAUAUCUCGUCCUUCUUCUCGCAGCCUGUCGAAGUCAACUUGGCAGCGAGCGGCGUUCUCUCUGCAUUGGCUGCCUCGCCGAUGAGGAGCGUGCAGGGGUGGCUCACACAUCCGCCCAAAGGCGAGGCAGACGGACCAGAGCCUGGACUGCUGCAAUUGCUCGCGGGCCUGGCGCAGCAGGUGACGGCGUACCGAAUUGCUGUAUCCGAUUUCGACAGGUAUCUGGCCGAGAGACGAAGAAGCCUGAUGCUCACGGAGGAUCUGUCUGCCGCACUGAACGUGGUCGAGCCGAGUGGAGAGGACGAAGGCGAAGCGGAGGCACCCACGUCGCUUGGCGCUUGCUUGACGCUACCACGUCUGCCCUCUCAGAGCAAAGGCAGCAGCAGUCGAAAGCAGACGCCCGCACAAGUCAGGGAAGCAGAAAGAAAUUUCGGCAUCGUCGAAGACAAGAGGGCCUCUCUUGCGCCCCUCUCGCCUCCUUCAGCACCAACAGCUCUUCCAGCAAACGCAGCCGAGACGGGUUCUCUCGGACGAAGCAGUGCCCUGGCCCGGCUUUUUGGCGGCCGCGCCACUCGCACACCCUCCCACCUCGGUAAGGCCUUCCCAACACCCUCUGUGCCGACCGUCGCUGACGCUCGUCCAGGCUCGGGCGAGCGCAGCGUCUCCGCAUCAACCAUCAAUCCGUACGCAGACCACUUUCGCGAAACGGCCGCCGUCAUCGUCAAGACCCAGAUCGUUGCUGGUGCCGACGAUUGGCGUCCGCCACCUGCAGCAUCGUCGGCUAAGGAUCAGGAGGGCAGAGCGACGCUCUCGAGUGUGCUGGACAACACUAUCCUGCUGGAGGAGCUGAUCAAGGAGCUAUUGGCAAUCGUGCAGGUGAGGAGGAGCUGGGGGAUCGAUCCCGUUUCCUUUCUGUAG